AUGGGCGAAUCUGCCUGUCGCAAUACACACUCCUACACCGCCUUUCUGCUGGCUUCAUGUCAUCGUCUGGACGCCCUGCAGGCUGGCAAGGGGGUUCUGCUGGAUGGUUCCUCGCUCGACGUGAGUGCCGUCUAUGCCGUUGCUCAGAAUAAUGUCUCUGCUUCCCUGAACCAACGUGUCCUGGGCCAGAUGAACCGCAGCGUUCAGAUCCUCGGCGAGAAACUGGCCCAGGGCGAGAUCAUCUACGGCGUGAACACCGGAUUUGGCGGCAGUGCAGACACACGCACGAAUGACUAUCCCGCUCUGCAAAAGGCCCUGAUCCAGCAUCACAAUGCCGCCGUGUUGUUGCCUAGCGACCGUGGCGGACCUGCUAUUGACGGCCUGGCGUCGCAUCGCAUGCCCAUUCCCGUCGUCAAGGCUGCCAUGGUGACCCGUUGCAACUCGCUGCUGCGCGGCCAUUCCGCCGUGCGUCCUGAGGUCGUUCAAAAUAUUCUCUCCCUGUUGGCGAACGGCAUGACGCCCAUUGUGCCACUACGCGGCAGCAUCUCCGCCUCGGGCGAUCUGACCCCCCUGGCGUAUAUCGCUGGCGCGGUAGAAGGGAAUCCGGAUAUCUCCAUGUACAAGGAUAGUGAUAGGUCGAUUGUUCCUGCGGACGAGGCACUGCGCGAGAUCGGUCUCACUCCGGUGGAGUACGGUCCUAAAGAAGGACUGGGUCUGUUGAACGGGACCGCGUUCAGCGCCGGGGCCGCCAGUCUGGUGCUGGUUGAAACGAACCAGCUACUGCUGCUCUCGCAGGUAUUGACAGCUAUGGGCACCGAAGCCCUACUGGGUACGCGUCACAAUUACCAUCCGUUCAUCGCGGAGGCACGACCGCAUCCAGGUCAGCGCGAAGCAGCGGCCAACAUCUUCGGCUUCCUGGACGAUUCGCAGCUGGCGACCACCGCUUGUCCCGGGGACGAGAACCACAUUGCAGGUCUGGCGCAGGAUCGGUACGCGUUACGCACCGCUAGUCAGUGGAUCGGACCGCAGAUGGAGAACUUGGCGUUGUCACUGCAGCAGGUGGAGAUCGAGCUAAACUCGACGACGGAUAAUCCGUUGCUGGAUCCGACGGAGCAGCGCAUCCACCAUGGGGGCAACUUUCAGGCUGUGGCGGUGACCUCGGCGAUGGAGAAGACGCUGGGUGCGCUGCAGAUGCUGGGGAAGAUGUUCUUCGCACAGUGCUCAGAGAUGAUCAAUCCGAUGUUGAGUAAUGGAUUGCCGCCGAAUCUCUGUCUCGAUGAUCCCAGUCUAUCCUUUGCGUUCAAGGGUGUGGACAUUAAUAUGGCCGCGUAUCUGUCGGAACUGGGAUAUCUCAAUCACCCUGUUAGUAACCACGUGCAGUCUGCGGAGAUGCACAACCAGGCGCUGAACUCGCUGGCGUUCCUAACAUGUCGUUAUGCGGCCGACGCAGUCGAGGUGCUCUCGCUGAUGGCUGCUACCUAUCUGUACGUGUUGUGCCAGGCGCUGGAUCUACGCGCCCUGCACCGCGAGUUCGAGAGCAUCGCUCGUGCAUCAAUCGAUCGUCUAACGGCGGAAUCCUGCUCCACCGAGGAAGAGGUAUCUAUCGUACAGUCAGCGGUAUGGGACGAGUUAAUGGAGCACUGGGCGCGCACCUGCACGCAGGAUCUGAGCGAUCGCGCACGUCUGACCGCUAGCUACUCAGUCGGCACGAUGCUGGCGCAUAGCGACCCUACUGCAGUGGCUAAAUGGCAGACCCGCGUGGCGGAGACCUUGCGAGAGAGCUACACCUCAGCGAGGGAGCUGUUCCUGACAGCGCCGACGACCAAGUCGUAUCUGUGUCGCGCGUCGCGGAGGAUGUACGAAUUUGUGCGCGAGGAACUGCAGGUUCCGCUUCACCGGGGGAUCGUGGACCACCCGACGUAUGAGCCGAGAGAGGAGAAGAAGUGUAUUGGGUCGAGGAUUAGUGAGGUCUACGUUGCUCUACGGAGGGGGGAUGCGAGGGGGGUGCUGGUAGGUUGUUGGUAA